AUGAGUGUAGCACAGCGUCCCCCGACGAGGCCACUCAUCGUCAGCGCCGGGUCUUCAUCGCGUGCAGGCUCGCCGCAGUUGAACAGUGGAUCUUCGACCCAGGUACCCGGCGUGGGCAUCUCAACGGGCAGGAAGGGCCGUCGAUAUGCUUGCCAGUGCCUCAAUGUCGAGAUGUUGCUGGACGAGGGCGGCGGUCAGGAGACACUGCAUUCGCCUCUUCACGCAUCUGCGACCCAAAGAGGGUUGGGCAAGCGGAAAGGUCACCAUCGUGCAAUGAUGGUACAGCAUCCACGCUUGAUCCAAUCUACCUUCAUGCCUGCUGUACGAUCUGAGGAGGACACGACGAUGCCAGCGCAUACUAUCGACAGGCCGAAUAUGAUCCUUUUGCGCUGUCUCAACUGUGGCACACGACUCGCGACCUAUCAACAGCCAAGCUUGUCAUCGUCCAGACAGCAGCAUCACGCUCCAGACUCGCUCGUGUUGCCCGCCGAAGGGAUGUACUGUCAUCUGGACGAAUCUCUGCUCACGGAGGAUGAAAUUGAUGCUGCUACCGAGGAUCCGAGCUACUCACCCUGCUUCAGGGUCAGGCUCAACACGCCUCACGCUCCCUCGCCCGCCUAUGUCGACAUGAUCAGCCCUCCCACUUCACUGCCACCUUCAACUGCUUCAACGCCCAGCAGAGCCAUCUCACCCAAAGGCUCGCCCCGUAUAAGAGCAAGGCCGACUGGUUCGCGGACAGACUCGUCUGGUUUGCACUCUGUGCCCAAUCCGCCGAUUCUUUCCCUUGGUCCGGCCUCGACCCUUGCAGAUCACAGAUCGCCUGCGAUCACUCCCAGCGGUCUCGGGACGCGCAGACGAUCUUCGCUGACUGCAACAUCCGGCAACAGUGCUGCUCAGACGGAUGAGAGCACCAUACGCGACACCGUACGCGAGUCCGUGCGUGCCCACAAGCAGCACACCGAGCGAAAGAUCGCGCAAUUGCGAAAAGAGCAUGACGACUUUAGCAGGCGGUUAGACCAGCAAGCAGAUCUCCUCGAACGAAGAGCAGGUAUCUCGAAAGGCGGGUUUGGCUCAGAUGCGCCAGUGGCACACGAUUCGCCGUUGAUGGCUCCCGAUCCGAGUGAGUCGAUGCCAUUUGCCAGACGACGCUCGUCGGACGGUCCUGCCAAUCUCAUGGACGCCCCGGCCAUUGCGAUGCUGCAUAGAGCCACAAGCGCGAAUGCGUCAAAUCUACCAACGCCUUCUCCGCUCUUCUCGCCCCCAAUGAGCGACGAGGCUGUUCGUUUGCAAGAAGCAGUCACUGCCACUACGCCUCUGAAUGCAUUGACGCCCUCUUCCGCAAGUCAUACGCAGACAUCGAUCCUGCAUUCUCACAGCGGUCACGCACGCUCGGGCUCGUCUUCUUCGAUCCCGUCUCGACCGCCUUUCCUGAGCUCGUCAUCUUCCGGCUUUUUACGCCUCAACGGGCCUUCGCCACCGGCCGAGGUAGAAAUACCCGACAUUGCACUAUCGCCUCGAUCAGCAGAGGCGGCGCUCGAGGACGAGAAAGAGUCACGCCAUGUCAAAUUCGUCGAGCCUGAUCGUCUGUCAAUGGCGGCCACCCGAUCGCGAUCUGCCGAAGGACGCAAAACUGUCACACUCGCCUCCUUGUCGCCCCGAGGACCGCUAAGCGAUCUACCGCCUACUGACGAAGACGACUAUGAUGAGGACGAGGAACACGAAGGGACAGGCGUAUUUGAGAUGGACGAAGAGCUCGACGAAGAUGAAGAUGAGCAAGACGAGAACGAGGGCCUCGAGGAGGAUGCGGACGAAUUGGGCUCGACCUCCGAGGAGGACCCCAAGACGCCCGGCACGCCAUCACCGCCCACGACUACAGCUUCGAUUGACGAUGUACCUGCGUCGAGCAUGUCUGCCAGUGUUUCCGAAAUGGCGCACGAUCACCCAGGUGCAAGGAUGGAUGCAGCCGAGCGAUUGGAGCAAGAGAGGCGGCUACGCGAGCUGCUCGGUACGGACACACCCAGUCAUCGAUCUUCGCGCAGAUGGCGCAAAGGCGGCAAACGCGAUAUGGUCAUGAGAGCUGCUUUUGCCGAUUUGAGGGACGAAGAGCCAAGCGAUUCGCUAGAAGAGGACCUGAGUAGUAGCUAUGGCUUUGCCACCUCGCUGCCAAUUGCGAUAAGUCUGCCUAGUCUGGCAGGUCCUUCGCCACCACGCGAUUGGCAAUACGAGCGCAAGACUUCAGUUCCUCAGCACGAGAGUAUGCUCGUGCCGCCCCUGAGGGGCAGAGCUGCUACAAGCGGAGCCGCUGCACAAUCUCAGCUUGCGACCGUUGUCGAGAGCAUGCCACCAACGCCCACUGUCGAGUCCAGGCAGAUCAGUUUCGCAGCGGUUGCACCAAUCGCGAAUCAACGACGCAACGUCGGCGUGUCGAGCUUGAGCGCAUCGCUCGCUAAUCCACCCACGAUGCAACGUCGACCUCCCGCUCAGGAAGUGCUGCAGACGAUGGAGAAAGAUGCCGAGCGACUUCCUUCCGUUGCUGCAAACCCGCACCGCGUGGUCAGCAAUGGCUUUGUGCCACCGCAUUUGAUGAGCAAGAUCGCGUCGAGGGACGAGGACUUGCUCUCGACUAGCAUUCACGACUAG